AUGAGCCCUGCUGACGUGGACGGGUUACACGCGCAACGGGACGCGGUUUUGCGGGGAUUCGAGAUCACGGAGCCGGCGAGAGACGACAAGGAGACGGGCGAGAAGGCCAAGUACAUGGCAUCGAUUCUGGAGGCCUAUCAGAAGCUGCUGGAAGAACGGACCCAGUACCAUUUCGGCUAUCCGUACAACUUGGACUUCGACUAUGGUGCCCUGGCGGGUCUGCAGCACUUCUCGAUAAACAAUCUCGGGGAUCCCUUUAUUGAGAGCAACUACGGCGUGCAUUCCCGUCCGUUUGAGGUGGGAGUGCUCAACUGGUUUGCCCGCCUGUGGGACUUAGACGAGGGCGACUACUGGGGCUACAUCACCAACUGUGGCACAGAAGGGAAUCUGCACGGCAUCCUGGUUGGGAGGGAGGUCCUGCCAGACGGGGUGCUGUACGCGUCUAGGGAGUCCCAUUAUUCUGUCUUCAAGGCAGCUCGCAUGUAUCGCAUGGACUGUGAGAAGGUGGCCACUCACACCGCUGGGGACAUUGACUGCAGAGACCUGGCUGGCAAGCUUGCCAAGCACAGAGGACGACCCGCGAUUCUCAAUGUCAACAUUGGCACCACGGUGAAGGGAGCAGUGGACGAUCUCGACCUGGUCAUCACCACGCUGCAUGAGGCAGGCCUAUCGGACGAUCAGUUCUACAUCCACUGCGACGGGGCCCUCUUUGGCCUCAUGCUGCCGUUUGUCAAGAAGGCCCCCCGUGUGACUUUCAAGAAGCCCAUCGGCAGUGUGUCAGUCUCAGGCCACAAGUUUGUUGGCUGCCCCAUGCCCUGCGGGGUGCAGAUCAUGCGUCGCUGCUACCUCUCUGCUCUCUCCUCUGACAUCGAAUACUUGGCUUCUCGAGAUGCCACAAUCAUGGGCUCACGCAACGGGCACGCCCCCAUCUUCCUCUGGUAUACCCUCAACAAAAAGGGUUACCGCGGAUUCCGGAAAGACGUGCAGCGCUGCCUCCGGAACGCGCUCCACCUGCACGCGCGGUUGCGGGCGGCGGGGUUCGGCGCGAUGCUGAACACUCUCAGCAGCACAGUGGUUUUUGAGAGGCCCGAAGAGGAGGGGUUUGUAAGGCGGUGGCAGCUGGCUUGCCAGGGGAAGGUGGCUCAUGCGGUGGUGAUGCCGAGUGUAUCCCCAGAAAAGAUUGAUCUGUUUGUGAGGGAGUUUGUUGCGAGUAGAGAGAGGUGCCGUGCUGCAAGGGCUGCUGCUGCUGCUGGUGCUGCUGAUGCUGCUGCUGCUGCUGAUGCUGCUGCUGCUGAUUCGGCUCCUAUCGCUGCUUCUUCUCCUGAUGCUGCUGCUGCUCCUGCUGCUGCUGCUCCUGCUGCUGCUGCUGUGCCUGGUGCUGCCAAUGGUUCAGCUGCUACCAACACAGACGCGUUAAUAAGCGAUGUGUGUGUGGCAGACGUGUUGGGUCCUGAGAAUUGCUCCUGUGCCAACCACGUUGCCAUCUGGCGGACUCGGGUGGGCCAAGGUCCUGGCAGGAGGCGGUAUGGCUGCUACAGUGACACGUCAGGGGAUGAUGCCUCGUUGCACGGCAGUAGCAGCGUGCAAAAGAUGCUAUAG